CCACCCCACCCCCACACCCCCGUCCUCACAACCAGCAUGUUUCCUGGCCCAGUGGGUGUAGUGCACAGAGGACAGGAUAGGUCAUUCCUCCUUCUCACAAGUCAUGGGGCAAAUUAAUAUGUAAGGAUUUGACGCUGCUGGGAAGAUGGUGAACGUGAUCAGCAUCACACCGCUGGUUGACAAAGAUGCUGAAUUAGUGGCCCAGUGGAACUACUGUACUCUCAGUCAAGAAAUAUUAAGGCGGCCUAUAGUUGCCUGUGAACUGGGCAGACUUUACAACAAAGACGCUGUGAUUGAGUUUCUCCUGGACAAAUCUCCUGAAAAGGCCCUUGGGAAGGCAACAUCCCACAUUAAAAGCAUUAAGAACGUGACAGAACUGAGGCUUUCCGAUAAUCCCGCCUGGGAAGGGGAUAAAGGAAACACAAAAGGGGACAAGCACGAUGACCUCCAGCGGGCCCGGUUCAUCUGUCCCGUGGUGGGCUUGGAGAUGAACGGGCGACACAGGUUUUGCUUCCUGCGAUGCUGCGGCUGCGUGUUUUCUGAACGAGCCUUAAAGGAGAUCAAAGCGGAAGUCUGUCACACGUGUGGGGCUGCCUUCCAGGAGGAUGACGUCAUCGUGCUCAAUGGCACCAAGGAGGAUGUGGAAGUGCUGAAGGGCAGGAUGGAGGAGAGGAGGCUGAGAGCGAGGCUGGGCAAGAAAACAAAGAAGCCCAAGGUGGCAGAGUCGGUCUCAAAAGCAGACGUGAGUGAAGAAUCCCCAGGACCAUCCAAACCUAAGCCCGGGAAGCCUGAAGAAGCCAGCCUUGAUUCUAGAGAGAAGAAGGUCAACUCGGCUCCCAAAAACACAGCAGCCGGCGGGAGCACUUCUGGAAAAGCUGGGAAGCCGCCGUGUGGAGCCCCAAAGAGGGGCAUCGCCGACAGCGAGGAGUCCGAAGCCUACAAGUCCCUCUUCACGACUCACAGCUCCGCCAAGCGCUCCAAGGAGGAGUCGGCCCACUGGGUCACCCACACGUCCUACUGCUUCUGAGGCCCGUGUGGCCGCGGCCCUCCGGGGGCUUCUCCCUGGCGCCCCGCAGGGUGCCGCGAGCCUCUUCCCGGCCGCGGACCCCCGGGCUCGCUCCGCCACGAGGCGGGUGGUGACCGGCCAGGGCUGCGGGCGCUGCCUGCAGAGGCACUUGCACCUCGCCCGGCCUGGGAAGCCGAGGACGCGCCUUUUGUGCUUAAAUAAAGAGCCCCGGUCCCUCACGGCUGUGCGGCCAGCUCAACUGGAUUAAAAUUCUCAUGGUUUUGCUGCCAACCGU